ACUGAUCUAACAAUCGUAUGUUUCGAUUAUAAGCACGUAUUUAAAAAAUUUAUAUUUUGAAAAACUUGUUUUGUAAUAUGCAUCAAUAUGCAUCGUUAUAACUUGUGAAAGCAUAAAUCAAGAACAAUUUUAGUUCGUUUGAUAUUAAGCUUUGUAAAGUAUAUUAUCAGAUUAAAUUAAUAUACUUUCGUUCAAAGCAUUUAAAUUUACAAUAGAAUAGAGAUGAAAGAAGGGAACAAUGUAUCGAACGUAACAAACGACGAAUAUAUUCAUGGGAAUGGAGAGGUUGUUAAUACAGAGGAAUCUCCUGCAAAACAGAAAUUACGUGGAUGGCUGAAUCGAAAUUUACGAAUAAAAAUGACAGAUGGUCGAGUUUUAAAGGGUGCAUUUUUAUGUACGGAUCGUGAUGCUAAUGUGAUUUUAGGAUCAUGUUCAGAAUUUUUAUCAGAAGAUCACACAGAAGCAAGAACUCUUGGUUUAGUGAUGAUACCUGGUAGACACAUUGUAACAAUACACCUUGAUGCUUGAGCAACUGUAACUUUAUAUUAAUUAUAUAAAUUUCACUACUCCUCAUUCUCUUAAA